CAAUUGUCGGUAAUGUUUUUUGCACCAUAUCCAAUACGGAUUCUCACCGCGAUAACAAAAGCCAAGGACGAAAUAAGGCGUGAAGAACUGAUUUUAUCAACGGCACAUGAUGUAGUUAGUCUCUCUUUAGACAAGUCCUUGUGCCACCAUAGUUUUUUUUUGAAGAGAUACGCGAACGUUGUGGUUGUGAGAUUCCGGAGGCAUUUUUUGGUAUACGAUAUUAAGAACCACCACCGUUUUCACAGCAAAACGAAUACGAAAACCUGUGCAAUAUUACCUUUGCAUUUCAUGACUUUCCAUCCUACACCCUAGGCACAAUAUCAAUUUAUCUCAAUUUCCAUCAGAAACAAAGCACCAUGGACAACGUCGACGAGGUUUUUGGGUCGAAUUUCGACAACUUUCUGCAGAAUUCCAACAACGUCAACAUUGCGCCAGUAGUGGACAAACUACAAGGAGAAGGACAAGCUGGUAUUACGAAAACAUCAAGCAUAAACCAAAGUAAAAAUGGAACUACCAGUAGUAUCUCUUCAGCUAGUCUACUCUCAUCCUGCACAACAACUCGGAACUCUAACAAAGACUCCUCGACGUCCUCACCCGCCGCGGCGACCAUCCGAAGGAAUAAGCGCAGCCUGCUCCGCGGCCAGUCGUAUGACAUUGACAUGUUUGCCACGCACAAGUCCCAGCAGACGCUGCUGGUCGAAAACGCGCGGCUGCGGCGGGAACUGGAGGAGAGUAAGCGGAGUUUCGCCGGCAAGGAAGCCUGCUUUUUGAACGAGAUUCGCGCACUGCAAAAACUGUGCGGAGAGCGGUUCCGGGUUGUUACCGUGGUGGCUGAAGACAGCAGUCUCAAUGGCCGGGAUGAAGCAGGGGAACUGCAAGCAAAUGGGAGCACGAGCACGAACACGAGGAUCCUUGGCAAAGAUAUUAAAGCAGAUGAGCCCACGUCGUCUGUGCUUGCCGGGUUGGCCGCAAACGUGGUGGCGGGGCAGCUCGCGCGGACCAGUGGCCAAACUUUGACGACGAAAACGAGGCCCAGUACUAUUGACACAACCAACAUGACGAUGACGCCCACGCCGUUUCCUCCUGCUGUGAUGACGACAGUGACACAAGAAGCUGCACAUCAAAGAGCUAGCAAAACGCGCACGACCAACACAACCUUCAGCAGCAAGAACAAAACCAACAAGCCGUUUGCGUUUUUAAAGGCGAGCGGUCAAUCCUCGUUCCUGUCGUCCGGCGGUGCAGCAGCACCAUUAUCUGGUGCACCAACAACAUCUGUGGAGCAAGACAUCAAGGUGCACGAUAUGCAGCGUGUCUUUCUCCGGCGGUUUGACCAUCCUGGGUUGAUGAAGAAGACGUCGUAUAAAAAAGUAGUGUCUCUUCAAACACGAACCGUGCCGCAUAAGUCCGAAUUGGAAUUUCUGGCGUCGUCCGAUAACUCGGAAAUCGAAAUGAUAAAUGCGCAGGAGGACGAAAAUCUGCAAAGGAGUAUGACCAGUAACCAGUUUGAGUCUUGCGGCAGUUCCUCGUCUGCGCCGUCAUCCUCUGCUUCUUCGUCGAAACAAACAUCUUCCAAUUCUGGUGAUCACGUACAACUCUCGACGACGACGGAGCAAAGAGGUGGGCUGCAGGAGAGCAACGAUCAUCUGGUAGUAGAUGAAGUUCUUGCUGUGCGCGGUACAACUCGGACGAGCCAAGAUCAGGAUCACUAUCAAGCAAAGCAAGAAUUGGAUGAAGUAAACGAGGAGUUGGAAGAUGACACGGAGGACUGGGCCUUUCUCGAACGCCGAUUCGUGCCGUUCUCAAGAACAACAAGUGGAAUGAAAAGCCGGGAUAGAAAUGCUACAGAGAGGACCACGACGACCGGCGGGAUCGUCGUGCCAGAUGCUGGUCCUGGUGCGCAAAUGGUAAACCCCAAAAGCAACGCUAGAGCGACUGCUACAGCGCCAAAAAAGCCACUCGUCUUCGCCGUUUCUCCAAAUAAGACGCGAGUUGUAUCAAGCAGCUCGGCUCCAGCUCCUGUCGGCGGAGCGUGGUCCUCCGCAGCGCUAGUAGCCGCGACCACCACGACGGGAGAAGGUGGACAAAUCCCUAGUGCAAGUGCUCAAGAAGGAUCGAUUAUACCCAGUACGACGAUAGUAAUGAAAACUAACGCCAACAGAGGACAACAAGCUACCCCUGCAGCUUCAGCGGGACGUGGACCAACUCGAGCAUCUUCGCUGCUAAAAACGACAAUCACGAAAGGAAAAUCGAUUCAGAAAGCUGCUUCCGCGUUUGGGUCGUUUGCUGCAAAUCGAGCUCUUGAGCGGAGAACGACAGUGCAAAUCGUAGAGGAGCAGGGGCAGGAACAGCCUCCAUUAAACAAUACCGUCAAGAACACUGAAGAAAUAGAAGAUGCAGUUGGAAAAUUAAGGCGGGAAAAGGUCGUCCGCGGUCGGGGUAUCGUCAAGAAGUCCGCAACAGAGUCCUCGAUCUACGUCCCGCAUCCGGAAAGAACUUCUGUGGAACAACCGGAAGCUGAAGUAGAGCUAUCAUCAGCUACAGCUGCACAACUAAGGCAACGACGUCCACCUGACAAGCCGAACUACAGCACUAUUAGCCGGAAAAACACAGCUACGCAAAACGCCUUGGCUCGCUUCCGCAAUUCUGUGGCGGCGGUGCGGGCCGGUGCGACCACUGGUAAAAAUGCGAUGCAGGAGCUUUCAUCGGGCAGGCAGAAGAACCUUCAGAGGAGCGGAUCUAUAGCUGUGAAGAAUACGGCUUCUGCAGGAGCUGCGGGAGGUGUUGCUGUUGAUCUUAAGGGGACUGUUGAACAACAAACGAAUGCAGUAAAAACCCCCGUAGAACGGUCGCCGCAAAAAUCUAGUUCAACACUUGCAGGAGCUGACUCGACUACAUAUUCAGCCACGACGACACCGGCCGGCGCGUCGCCACAGUUGAAACGUUCAUUCUCUACCAACCUGCCUCGGCCACCAGUGGCAGGAACGAAAGCAAAUGCGAGGAUGCGGCAUGUGGCCGGUAGUGUUUUGGACAAAAUUCGAGAGCAGCGGCGGGAGAGUGCGAAGCUGGAGUAGCGCGAAGUUGCUUUCUUGCAGACUCGCCGGCAAAUGAAGUUGAAGUUGAACAGGAGCUCCUGCUUGCAGUCGCAGCCCCGACAUCAACUCUGCGGUACCGAACGACAAAUUAUCGUGGCCAUGUACGAACUUUUUGCAGUAGAUGAUCGCGAUGACGAUAGAUCAUGCGAAUAUAGAAAUCGGGUGUCUCUGAACUUCAACUUGCAGUUGCUGUUGCACUUCAUUGUGAACUUACUUCGGAU